AUGCCAAAGCCUCUACAGCACGAAGAUAGAAUCCAAUUAGCACUCGAGGCCUUACGUUCAGGCCAAAUCAAAAUCAUUCGCAACGCUGCGGAUGCGUUUGGUGUACCGAAGUCCACUCUCCACAGACGCGUCAAGGGGGGCGGUACGCGUCAAGAAGCUCAAGUCAAGAACCGAAAGCUACGCCCAACUGAAGAAGCAGCCUUGAUUCAAUGGAUCGAGUCAUUGGACGACCGUGGGAUGUCGCCGACGAUCGGUUAUAUCCGACAGAUGGCUGACCUUCUUCUCCGCGAGCGUGGAGGCUUCACUCUACUCGACGCGUCUCUUACAUCCACCCCGGUCCCGGCAAUGACUGUUGGUGAGAACUGGGUCCAGCGGCUUCUUCAUCGGCAUCCCCAUCUGGAGACGAAGUAUUCUAGAAAGUACGACUAUCAACGGGCCUUAGGCGAGGAUCCAGAGAAGAUUUCAGCGUGGUUUGCACGAGUGCAAAGGACCAUCAACGAAUACGGUGUUCUUGACAGCGACAUCUACAACUUUGACGAAAUUGGUUUCCAGAUGGGUGUUGCAAGCACGUCUAAAGUGGUCACUCGAUCUGACCGACGGAAUCGACCUGUUGUUAUCCAGCCGGGAAAUCGAGAGUGGACAACUGUCAUUGAGUGCAUCAACGCGACAGGUUGGAGUGUUGAUCCAAUGAUCAUCUUCGAAGGAAAAGUCCACAUCUCGUCAUGGUACGACAGCUCAGCACUGCCAAAGACGUGGCGGAUUGGAGUCAGCGAUAACGGCUGGACAACCGAUGAGCUUACCUUUGCGUGGCUUCGAGAAGUCUUCGAGCCACAGACGCGAAACCGGACUGUUGGUCGAUAUCGGCUUCUCAUUCUCGAUGGUCAUGGAAGCCAUUCGACGCCUGAAUUCGACAAAUUCUGUACUGAGCAUCGGAUCCUUACAGAGUGUAUGCCUUCGCACUCGUCGCACUACCUCCAGCCCCUUGACGUUAGCUGUUUCGCUGUGCUUAAGCGGACGAAACACCAGAGAGAGAUAAGCCCAACAGAUCAGGCGCUUCAGAAAAUCAUCAAGGGCUGCCAGAUGGCGAUGCACAAUGCUACUCUUUUGCAGGAAGAGAACUCGCGACUUCGAGCUGAAAAUGGUCGACAAAAGAGAAAGCGGGCACGCCGAGCUUUCAUUCAAACAGGAGGGACUAUGACGAUUGGAGAAGGGAUGACACACAUCGAGGCCUCCCAGAAUGCUCGUCAGAAGGGUCAAGGAAGCCAGGAAGCUCGUCGAGAGGUCGAAGAAGGAGAGGUGGGGCCAUCGGACACGACUGCGCCAAAGGCACGAAAGCGGGCAAGUCCUGGCAAUUCCUAUCUGUUGGGCUUGUUGCAUUUGUACGCUGCCUCAACUCCGGUGUCAUAUGGCUCCCGUGGCCAUCGAGAAUCAAGAGGCGGUACCGGCCAACUGUUCGGCUUCGAGUUUGCGGCUCAAACACUUGCUGAAGCCACUCGAGUGUAA